UGCGGUGACGUCACGAGAAGCGACGCCCGUGAGGUCUGGCAGAGCCGCGGACAGUCGCCUCCUGGAGCAGCAGAAGCUCGCAGCCGGCCACACCUGCAGUAGUUAUCAGCGACAGCGACAGGAUGGACCCCUCUGGCAAGGUGGCGCUGAUCACGGGGGCGGCCGGCGGUCUGGGCAGAGCCUUCAGCAGGGCGCUGCUGAAUGCAGGAGCCAAGAUCGUGGCGUCGGACGCUGACGAGGCGGCGGGGAAGAAGGCCCUGGAAGAGCUGGAGAAGCAGUUCGGAAAGGGGAAGGUCGUCUUCGUCAAAGCGGACGUCACCAACAGCAGCUCGCUGGAAGAGGCCUUCAAGGCAGCCAAAUCCACAUUCAACCGUCUGGACAUUGUUAUCAACAAUGCAGGUAUCAUGAGAGAUUCGGUUUGGGAGAAGGAAAUAGACGUCAACGUGAAGGGCGUGGUGCACGGCAUCCUGUUGGCGUACAAGUACAUGGGCAAGCAGAACGGGGGCGCUGGCGGCCUGGUGGUCAACGUGUCGUCCGUGGCGGGCCUCGACCCCGUCCCCCAAAUGGCCAUCUACUGCGGCACCAAGCACGCCGUGUGUGCCAUGACGCGCUCCUACGGGGACGAGCUGCACGUGAAUGAGACUGGCGUGAGGGUGGUGGCGCUGUGCCCGGGGCCUACGGACACUCCGCUUGGGAGAGACGCCGUCCAGCACUGCCUACACGACUACGCCCGGCAGUCGAUGAUCGACGUGACAUCCUCCUACGGAGGCCUCUGCACGCCUGAUUUCAUCGCCGAGGGGCUGAUGACUGUCAUCCAAGAGGGCAAGUCGGGCUCCGUCUGGGUGGCCAACAACAAGAUCAUCAAGGAGAUAGUCUACCAGCGGCUCGUCCAAUAAGGACUGUUCUACAUGUCAUUUUGUACACGUCACAUUACCAUGAAUAAAGUAUAGGUGAUUUGAGUGAAGA